GGGAGCCGAGCUGAAAAGCUCUCUCACAGCUCUCUCCUAUCUCUGAAAGGGGCCGUGUCCAAAUCCCUGCUGAGUGUGAAGCCUGUGGCGUGAGCUAAAGAAAUAGAGGACGUUUCUUCAUUGCUGCUCUGAUGCCAGGAGAACCUGGUGCCAAGCUUUGGCUCUUGCAUCCAACACAGUGGAAUGUGGAUUUUGACUCCACUGCAUUUUCCUAAGAAGGAAAGCAGUAUCACCAGACCAGAGAAAGAGGAGGCUGCACAUUAACAAAGAAGCCUGCUGACUCCCUGCAUCAAACACUGCUGGCCAGCCCCUUUCACUGAGAAUUCACCCUGGCCUUACCAGAAGAGAGGCAUUUCAGCUCUGCCUAUACUAUUAAGGCUACAAACUCUGCAGACUGGAAAUUUUGCUGUUUCAUUGUCAUCAGCAAAUAAUUGUGGUAUCAUUUUGCUUUAGCAAACUGGAAAAUGGAAAUGAAGAGAAAUACAACAAAGUUGCUGUGGCUGUUGAUGUUCUUCUCUGAUAUGGUGCCAUUCAGCUAUGAGAAAUCAGUGAGAGAGAGAGCUAUCGAGCUGAUGCAAGAUGCACGUUUAAUCGAUGGCCACAAUGACCUGGUACUGCAGCUGAGAAUAUUUUACCAAAAUAGACUCAGUAAAGUCAACUUAAGAGAACUCAACAAGACCCACACAAACAUUGUGAAACUUCAAGCUGGUUAUGUGGGAGCUCAGUUUUGGUCAGUGUAUGUUCUUUGCAGCGCUCAGAACAAGGAUGCUGUGCGUCUGACCUUAGAGCAAAUUGAUGUUGUCAAGAGGAUGUGUAACAGCUAUGAAGAGCUUGAACUUGUGACAACUUCCCAAGGUAUCUCUGACAGCAGGAGGAUUGCGUGUUUGAUCGGAAUAGAAGGCGGUCACUCCAUUGACAGCAGUUUGGCAACACUGAGGAUGUAUUAUGACCUGGGUGUUCGUUACAUGACUUUAACGCAUUCCUGCAAUACACCUUGGUCUGAAUCAUCAUCUAAAGGAAUACACCAAUUUUAUCCUAGUGUUAUGGGUCUGACUGCAUUCGGCCAAGAAGUGGUAAAGGAGAUGAAUCGCCUGGGUAUGGUGAUAGAUUUAUCUCAUACUUCAUAUUCCACAGCAAAAGCUGCACUGAAUAUCUCAAAAGCACCAGUAAUUUUCAGCCAUUCCUCAGCAUUUUCUGUAUGUAAUCACUCAAGAAAUGUUCCUGAUGAUAUCCUCCAGCAACUGAAAAAGAACAAGGGAAUUAUCAUGGUGACUUUCAAUGCAGAUGUACUGGCCUGUGGCAGAAAAGUUGUUAAUGUUUCUACCCUUGCAGAUCACUUUGACCACAUAAAGAAAAUUGCAGGUUCAGAAUCAAUAGGAAUUGGUGGUGACUACGACGGAGUGAAACGUUUCCCUGAGGGACUGGAAGAUGUUUCUAAAUACCCUUCUUUGAUUGAGGAACUUCUUAGAAGAGGAUGGAAUGAAACUGAACUGAAAGGGGUCUUACGGGAGAACUUUCUCCGUGUCUUCAGGGAAGUGGAAAAUGUGCGGAACUUUAAUAGACUAAUGGAUGUAGGUGAAAGUGAAAUUCUGCAAGAAGUACAAAAUUCCUGUCGCCUAGACCUACAUAAUCAUCAGCUUCAGACAACCAGGUCCUUUGGAUUUCCAUCUGUGGCACAACCUUUUAGUCUGACACUUGUAACUGUAUCAUAUUUAAUACUGUAUUAUGAAUCAUAAGAUCUAUGGAGUCUAGAGAGAGAUAUAUGGAACAAUCUGCAAUGCAAGUAGUUAUCUUUUGGUGGUUUUGUUAAUGUAAAGCUAUGCUAAAUUUUUUAUAUAAUUUUCUAUAAAUUCACCUGCAUACUUGAAAGUUAACAUAGAUUUUAAAUGUUGUAGCAAAAGCAUUUAGAAUUUGAAGGGAUAAAUUCUGUGUCAACUUGGCUAAACCAGGACCAACAUUGUUAAUGGAAAGUAUCCACAUCUAAUGAAUAUAUUCUCUAAUACAUGACACACAGUUUUGGUACCCAUAUUGUGGCACUUGGUAUAAAUACUGGAGUCCAGAAUCAGCAGUUCCACACCAGAACUAGAGAAUAUGAUUAAGACAGCUAUGCUGAGAUGUUUUCAGAUGUUACGCCUUGUAAAAUCAUACAGCUUUCAUCAUCAGUUGAUGGCUUAAUUGGAGAAGACCACGAGUGGUGGUGUUUUUUGUUUAGUUUAAAGACGACAAGAUGGGUGACAUGGCUAUUUCAGUUCAGAUUUCAUGACUACCACUAGCUUUAGGGAUCCAUCCUGCAGUACUAAACUCUUAUUUUUGAACCCUGACGAGGGCAGUGGGCAACUGGAGAGUUACUGAAGGGUGGAGGUAGGUAUCUUGCAUUCAGGUACAGGUGACAAGGCAAUGUUGUAGAUACUUUUCUAUACAUUGCUUGUUUCUAUAACUUGCUGUUUGCUACAUGUUCAUGAAGCUGGGAGCAAGAAUAAACCAGGACAAAGCAGGAAUUCUGGCUACUCAGAGGGUGAGAUCUUGGUCUGAUAUUUUUAUUGCAGUCUGAAAAGUAUAAAAUGAGUAUUUAAAUAAAAAAUUUGUUAGAAUGUUCCCCAGCUUUGUGGAAAUCUUUUUCACAAUUAAACAAUGAUCCUUAUCAAUAACAAGUUUUAUUAUUUUAUUUUUAUUCUAGCUGGCUAAAAUCAGACCAUUGGCACAGGAUUCACAGGCAUCAGAUUAGAAAGAAACCUUUUUAUUAUAAAUCUGUUGCUUCAGCCUUUGGAACACAUUUUUAAAUACACAAGGUAUGUGAGGUUAGAAGCUGCUGUUAUACAGAAGAGCGUAUAGUGCCAUAGGCCUAUUCUUGGUAGGAUAAUAUGGCUCAAACCUGGAAUUUUAAUCAAAUAGUCUGAGAUUCAUGAUGAAACUGUAAGAUGGCAGCACUACAUCUUUGUAGGGUCCUUUCACAGUGCUUGCUGGUAAAUGCCUUCUCAUGAUGCUUGCUGUUAAUUGUGAUUUUUAUCCCAUGAUAUGUGCUUUUAUUUACUGAUGCAACAUCUACAGCAUUUAGCCUUAGUAUAAAAUAAAAGUCCUGUAAUUGAUCUAAGGACAGCAUUUGUAAACACACAAAGUAUUUAACAACUGAAAGCAAGGCUUUCUAAAGUCACUUGACACUGUUCCCGCCAUCCAUUUCUGCAUUCCAUGUACAAGCAGGGUUUCUGGAAGAAGACUGUUCUUUUAUUGCUUCAAAAUGAAGCUUCAUUCAUGCUUCUGAUAAGGUGGUCUCCUUGAUAAGUAUAUUCUGAAUAUACUACUGCCACUUAAUGAAUUCUUUACAAAUCAUGUUGAAUAAUCUAGUUGCAUACAAGCCAAGUUUUUAAGAACAGUUUCUCAAUAAAUACUAGUCCUGGUUAUGUGUCCACAAUGGGGAACUACUGCACUGACUCAGAAGUUCCCAAUACUGCUUGACCGGCAUCAGAACUUGUUUUACUGGUAAAAUGACGAAUUCAGUAGGGCAAAUGUUUUACUUCCCAUCAGUACUUCUGUUAAUAGCUCCAUAAGCCAUUGGAAAACUCCCAUCUAUGGUCUCUUUUCACAGAAUUAGUACUGUGAUUACAUAUUUGAAAUGUAAGAUGCUUCCUUAUUCCUUCCAGCCUUUUUCUUUCUACUGCAUUGUCACUUGCCUGCCCACUAAUUUCUACUUUUUUUUCCAUACUGAAGCAUGGAUUAAAAAUAUAUUCUUUUUCUUAAAGAUAUGGAUAAUACUUUUAUGUAACUGAUUCCACCAUGCUAUAGAUAUUUGUAGUUUAUUUCCUUGUUUUAUCUACACUGUAUUGCACUUAUUUGUUUGACUGCUUUGUGCAAUGAAUAAUUUGUAACCUUGUGGCAAAACAUAUACACGAAAUUUAAAUAAAAUAUUGUUUAAAAGUGUGUAUAGGUACUGGUGUAAUCUCACGAAACAAUGUAUAUGUUCAGAAUUCCAGGAAACUCUGAAAGAACCAUGCAACUCUGCUGAAGAAGGAAGGCCAGGGUAUCAUGAGGGCUCUGGGUCUGCUCUUCACAGGGAAGGUAGCCUCCCCCAUUGCAGGCAGUAGAAAGUCAGGUAGGUUUAACCCUAGAGCAUCCUGGAUGUAGGCAGUCAGCCUCAUCUUCACUCAGAUACCACCUAACAUGUAGAGAAGUCUGAGCAAGUGCCUAUGGAAAGGGAACAUGGAUGACUCGGUCAUUGCUGUGAGUCCAUGACGACAGUGUUACCUGCAGCAAAUCACUUGGUCAAGCUAGUCAAGUCACAGAGAAAAAGGCUUAUGGUGAACCAGACAGGUUGCCUGCGCCAAGAUUAGGAUAACCUCCACUUCACAGCAUUUCUCACAGAUGUGUGAUGAUCUAGAAGUCCCUUUUUCCAUUACAAGUUUCAAUGUUAAUUCAGAAUGCUUCAAAUAAGCUGCUUGGGUGAAACCAAUAUCAGAGUGCAAAAUCAUCAAACAAGAAAUGGAAUCUUGUGCAUCAUGCAAUGAUUAUGGACAUGGUAUCUAGCUUAUCUAAUAGAUGCAGUUAGUUUAUUCUUCUUAAACGAUCAAAACCACACAGCUUGAAACAUGGUAGAAAGGCAUCUCAUUAGAAUUCCAUUUCAAAAGUAAAAUCAUGUAAGAUAUGGCUGUGACUGCUGUCAGAAAAACUAUAGUGACCCUUCAGUCUGAGUGCUAGUGUCUCCAGUCCUACUGACAGCAGCUUGUAGCUGUAGUCACAACAUUGCAUUUCUAACAGCUCAAGCAUAAAAUGAUUGCACUCUCAUUUCUGCCUCCCAAUGGAGAGGAUGAGUCAUCCUGAAAUUGAAUGCCUUUGCCCUGCACCAAUUAAUAAGAGCAAUUUGCACUGGUAAUUUGAAAUGCCUGCUAGCUCAACUGACAGAUUCUAUUAUGGCUAGUGGUAUCAGUGAAGUAUCAGAUGUAACUGAGAUACGAACUUUGUAAUAAGUUCUGUUGGCUGCCAAAUGGUGGAAUGCAAGUCAUUAUUUACCUCUUCUAAAUGAGUUAUGCUAACAUGAAUUCUGAAAAUAGUUAUUACUAUUUCUGUAAAUCUCAAAAUCUAUGAAGUACUUUCGGCUGAUUUUCUAAAUAAGAACCAAACUUCAAGGCAUCUUUAACAGUCCAAGGCUCAUACUUUUGCAUGUGUGAUAUGAACAACCAAAAACUGCAGAUGUAAUAUUGAUGCAGACAAUUGAUUUGAUUCUAAAAUGUUGAUGCCAGCGCCCUUCCCCCAGUACUAUCCUUUUCCAGACUAAUGGGCUGUAGCAUCCACAGAAAUAAACAACUUCAAUUCUCACUUGUCUCCUUUGGGUAAGUGGUGAUACUAGACACCAGGCCUAAAAAGUCUAUUGCUGGUCUAACCUAUGCAGCUGAUCUGUUAUGUAAAAUUUGAGUAGUUUAGUUCACGUAUCUAACUUCUACUCAGUGGGUGACUUGUUUGGACCAUGGAAGGACUUUUGCAUGUUUUACAUUAGAUAUGGACUACCGAACUGUGCUAGUGCUUAACAUCUGCAUUCCUUCUUGCAUAUCAAGCUGCUCAAGCAAUAUGCCAGCACAUUUCUUUGUUUCAAGGUCAGUAAACAUCAUGCAUUAAGUCUAACCACCUAUAUAAGUUUAUUAACUUCUGUUUGAUCUUAAAUGUAAGGUUCACUGGGAAUCUGUACCGCAGAAUCAACUUUGAAAAGCUGUGUAUCAUUGCAUCUCCAUCACCUUCUGGAGUAAGGUGCAGUGCCAUAGCAGUUUAUGCCAGUGUCAGCUUCGGCUGCUGCAGUCCUACCCUGUUUCUUCACUGCAUGUUGUCUCCCUGUCCCUUGUGACAGCACUGCUGUUUGUGUAACUAUAUGAUAAGCUGGUUCAGGGAGCUGAUCUAACUGAAAAGGAACUGUUUUCCUCCCUCAGGUGGUGGGUUUCCUGCUGAUCACGUCAGUAAUUGGGUUAACUACGUUCAGUGUUAGGUGCUAGUGGAGGAGAGGAGCAGAAAAGCAGACUACAGCGACUUGGAUUUCUUCCAUUUGCUACUGAAAGCAGCAGCUCCUCUGUUUACUCUUCUCUGGAUUUAUACAUAUGGAAAUGAUCAAAUUGCUUAAAAUUCUGAAAAUGUAACAUCUAAAUUAAAUAACCAGAAGAUUCUUCCCACUAACAGUGGCUUUCAUUUUCUCUUAAGAUUUGUUGGAUUCAAUUCGCAGACCCAGAGCAGUAUGUUAGGGGACCUGCUGAACUGUUUUCAGGACAGACUGUGAUGCUGGAUAACCCUUCUUGGAGUAUUUUGGAAGGCUUGAUUCAGUGUUUCAAGAACAAUUUUUAUUUUUUUUAAUCUGGUCUUGAUUUUUGUCUUGAUAUCUUACCUACAAACUUUACAUCUACAUAGAACAACUUGAAAUGGUGGUGGGUGUUUGGUACUCUUAUAAUUUUCAGUUUUUAUCUUUUGAAACCAGACAAAUGGAAAAGCUUUUAUUAACCUUCAUAUUUAUUUAUAAGUUCAUUAUGUAAUUUCUGUCAGAGGAAAAACAAAAUUUGUGGCAUUUGUAGCAUUUUUGUCCCGUUUCUGUAUUCCAGAUGUCUAGGAUCUUCAGUGAUUGAGCUAGAACCCCUCAGUCACUUGGUCCAGUAUUACCAGAUGACCUGUUCGUAGCCUGUUUCACUUUCUGCAACUCAAAUUGCGAAGGUGGCAAUUCUUUCCCCAAUGCCUGUACUGUUUGAGAAAUCAUUUCAACCUGUGAAGUUUUAUUUUUCUUGCAAAGCAAAAGCAACAAACAACCCCUCUUCCCUAAAGCUGUGACCUCAGAGAGAUAUUAAACUUGGUUCAGUUUCUUCUGUCAUGAGUCAACAAAUAGUGGGGGG